AGAAAGCCUCCGAGGUUCCUUCCAACUCUGCACUUCUGUUAUUUUAUUGUUCGUUUUUGUAGGGUGUCUUGAAUGUGAAUAAGCACAGAGCCCAAGUAGAGGCAUUCAUGCGGCUUCAAGGUGCUAGCAACAAGGAGAAAGAUCUCAAGACGGAUGUUCUCAUUUACGGCACAAAAGCUCGGAAUAGGGCAAUCCAUGGGGAUGUGGUGGCCGUGGAAUUAUUGCCUCAGAAGGAGUGGAAAAGACGGACAGCUGCCCUCGGAGAGAAUGAGGGCGAAGAGAAAACCCCUGGGGAGGUUUAUGGUGAACCCAUGCCCACCGGCAAAGUGGUGGGCAUCCUGCAGAAGAACUGGCGUGAGUACGUGGUCACUUUCCCAUCCAGGGAAGAGAAUCAGUUGCACAGCAAAAACGCCCAGAAGGUUCUUGUGACCCCAUGGGAUUACAGGAUCCCCAAAAUCCGAAUAAGCACUCAGCAGGCCGAGGCAUUGCAGGAUUUCCGGGUUGUCGUGCGUAUAGAUUCUUGGGAAUCCACCUCGCUGUACCCCAACGGACAUUUUGUGCGGGUUGUAGGCCGGAUAGGCGACCUCGAAGGAGAAAUAAAAACAAUUCUGGUGGAGAAUACCGUUUCGGUUAGUCCUUUCUCUGAGGCCCAG